UCGAGAAAGAGUUCUGCUUAGUGCUCUUUCACUUUCCUGAAGUUGUCAUUCGAAUAAAUCGGUUCUCUUAAGCCCUGCAUGCAUUAACGUAUAGCUUACCGAGCAUAUACAUUCGCAAACGAUAUACCUAGAAAAGAAACCAUGUUUUAUUCCUUCCUAUUCUUUACCAUGAGGGCCGUCAACCAUGGUUAUGGCGAAAAAAUCAUGUUUCCGAUGGUCUUAACCUCGAUCUCUGCCUUUCUUACCAUGCUCAUUUUUCUUUUUCCUAUCAUAUUAUUGAUCAAGAGGAAACCCAAUGGGAAAAACAUCAAGCAAACUCCAGCGCUCCCACCGGGCCCAACACCGUGGCCAAUAGUUGGAAACCUCCCGGAAAUGUGGAGGAAUAAGCCAGCAUUUCGGUGGAUACAUGGCCUUCUGGAAUCACUCAAUACGGAAAUCGCUUGUAUACGUCUAGGAGGUGUUUGUGUUAUUCCGGUAAAAUCACCGGAACUUGCCCGGGAGUUCUUGAAAAAGCACGAUAUCGUGUUUGCAUCAAGACCUCUUUUUAUGUCGAAUAAAUAUGCUAGUCGCGGCUUUAAGUCUACAGUUUUGGUGCCGUGGGGUGAUCAAUAUAAGAAGAUGAAAAAGUUGGUGGCUUCUCAGAUAAUCAACUCAAAAACAACUCGGUGGCUACUCAAUAAGAGGACCGAAGAAGCUGAUAAUCUUGUUCGUUUCAUUUAUAAUCAGUGUAAGAAUGCUGCGAUUGACAGCCUUGCGGAUGAUCAGUCAAUUACUGGUUCAGUUGUGGACGUGAGACUUGCUGCACGUCAUUACUGUGGAAAUGUCAUUAGGAAGAUGAUAUUCAACAGAAGGUACUUUGGCAAAGGAAAGAAGGAUGGAGGACCUGGAGUUGAGGAAGUCGAACACAUUGAAGCACUUUUCACCAUACUCGACCAUCUUAAUGCAUUUGCUUUAUCGGAUUACCUGCCAUGCUUAACAGCACUAGAUUUAGAUGGUCAUGGGAAGAUUGUAAGUGAGGCUAUGAAGAUCGUUACUAGUUAUGAAGAUCCGAUCGUCGAUGAGAGAUUACGGCAAUGGAGAGAAGGAGAGAAGACGGAGGCCGAGGACUUGCUCGACGCUUUCAUUUUGGCAAAAGAUUCGAAUGGGAAAGCAGCUUUUUCAGUGGAAGAGAUCAAAGCUCAAAUAACGGAACUGGUGCUUGCAACAGUGGAUAAUCCUUCCAACUGCAUAGAGUGGACACUAGCAGAAAUGCUCAACCAACCGGAGCUCCUACAAAAAGCUGUAAAAGAAAUUGACAGGGUAGUUGGGAAGAAGAGAUGGGUUGAAGAAUCCGAUAUUCCACAGCUCAAUUAUGUCAAGGCUUGUGCAAGGGAAGGUUUCCGGCUUCACCCAGUUGCACCCUUUAACGUCCCCCAUGUCUCAAUGCAAGACGCGACUGUGGCUGGCUAUUUCAUCCCGAAAGGAAGUCAUGUCAUCUUGAGCCGAUAUGGUCUCGGCCGCAACCCUCGCGUCUGGAAAGAACCCUUGAGGUUCAAACCAGAUCGACAUCUGAAGAAGGAGGAUGGAUCAUCGAUGGCUGAUGAUCCAGAGGUGGAACUUGCAGAGCAUGAGCUGCGCUUCAUUUCGUUCAGUACGGGAAGGCGAGGUUGCAUGGGCAUCGCGCUCGGCUCUGCCAUGACUGUGAUGCUUUUGGCAAGGCUUCUUCAAGGAUUUUCGUGGAGUUUGCCGCCGAACCAAGAGGAGAUUGACCUCUCUGAGUCCGUGAAUGAACUUUUCAUGGCCAAACCCUUACUUGCACAUGCAAAGCCACGUUUGGCGGCUUCACUUUAUCCUGCUGAAUAAUAACUAUUAAGAAAAAUACUUCUAUUUAUAAGUCGGGACGAAAAACAUACUAUAGACACAUACCAUUGACAUGACAUGAUUUAAUUUGUAAGAGAUUUGAAUUUCAAAAUUUUCUUGCAAAUCAAAUUCUGUCAUGAAUGCAUGUCGGUGGUAUGAAAUGUGUGUUUUAUACACUCACUUAUAAAUAGAAUUUUUCUACUACCAAGACUAGUUCCAAGCACUUAGAUUUCUGAUAGAAAGUUGGGUCCUUGGAUGCAAUUUGACAUAAACUUUUUAAUCAUUUCAAGUUUUUGAUCAGUUCUUUUAAAUGAUCAAAAGAUAUUUCAUCUAGGAAAUGGACGCUAUACAUACUACGUAUCUAUGUAGUAGUGUUCAUACUUUUUAGUUGGUCGGUCCUUAAUUUCUACGUUUUAGUUGGGAGCUAGCUAGCUAGGACACGCGCGGUUGGAUUUCUUGUUUCUUUUAGGCUUGUUGGCCGCCUAUGCAUGGCCGAGCUCUCCUGUGUUUGGCAAAGAAGCGGUAAUCAUGGGUAAUUUGCUGUACGUACGUACGUACGUCCUUGCAAAGUAUGCAGUUAUCAAUAAAAAUAUAUCUUAUCAAUAAAUUAUUUAGUUUAUAAGCAGUGCA